AUGCUGGACGGACUAAAGAUGGAAGAGAACUUCCAGAGCGCGAUCGAGACCUCGGCCUCGUUUUCCUCGUUGCUGGGGAGAGCUGUGAAUCCCAAGUCGGUUUGUGAGGGCUGUCAGCGGGUCAUUUCGGACAGAUUUCUGCUACGACUCAAUGACAGCUUCUGGCAUGAACAGUGUGUUCAGUGCGCCUCUUGCAAAGAGCCCCUGGAGACCACCUGCUUCUACAGAGACAAGAAACUCUACUGCAAAUACGACUAUGAGAAACUGUUUGCAGUCAAAUGUGGUGGCUGUUUUGAAGCCAUCGCGCCUAAUGAGUUUGUCAUGAGGGCCCAGAAAAGUGUUUACCACCUGAGCUGCUUCUGCUGCUGCGUCUGUGAGCGUCAACUCCAAAAAGGUGAUGAGUUUGUCCUGAAAGAGGGACAGCUGCUCUGCAAGGGCGACUACGAGAAGGAGCGAGAACUGCUGAGCCUGGUGAGCCCGGUGGCUUCCGACUCCGGUAAAAGUGAUGAUGAUGACAGUCUUUGCAAGGCAGGUCACGGGGCAGGGAAAGGGGUUGCCGAGGAUGGCAAGGACCACAAGCGCCCCAAGCGCCCCAGGACCAUCCUGACCACCCAGCAGCGGAGAGCAUUCAAGGCUUCAUUUGAAGUCUCCUCUAAGCCAUGCAGGAAGGUAAGAGAGACUUUGGCUGCUGAGACAGGGUUGAGUGUUCGUGUCGUUCAAGUUUGGUUCCAAAAUCAGAGAGCUAAGAUGAAGAAAUUGGCAAGGCGACAGCAGCAGCAACAGCAAGAUCAGCAGAAUACACAAAGGCUGAGUUCAGCUCAGACAAAUGGUGGAGGGAGUACUGGGAUGGAAGGGAUCAUGAAUCCCUAUACUGCACUGCCAACCCCACAGCAGCUCCUGGCCAUCGAACAGAGUGUGUACAACUCAGAUCCCUUUCGACAAGGGCUCACUCCACCCCAGAUGCCUGGAGACCACAUGCACCCUUAUGGUGCUGAGCCCCUUUUCCAUGACCUAGAUAGUGAUGACACCUCCCUCAGUAACCUGGGUGACUGUUUCCUAGCAACCUCUGAAGCCGGGCCCCUGCAGUCCCGGGUGGGGAACCCCAUCGACCACCUGUACUCCAUGCAGAAUUCUUAUUUCACCUCUUGA